AUGGCUCCGACGACCACAAGCACAAAAGCCCUCGCCCUCUCGGACCUCCUCCCGCUUCCCAAUUCAUCCGUCAAAAUCCCCCGUCUCGGCUUCGGCGUUUACAAGUCCCCAACGCACGUCUGCGAGAAGUCUUGCCUGGUUGCCUUCCAGGCUGGAUACCGGCACAUCGACACCGCUCAAUUCUAUGGCAAUGAGGCGGAGGUCGGGGAGGCCAUUCGCAACUCCGGUUUAGACAGAAAAGAUAUUUUUGUGACCACAAAGAUAAUAGCGCCAGCUGGGUCUCCAGAGGAAACAUAUGAGAAAGUCUUGGAGAGUGUAAGAAAGAUUGGCGGGCAAGACGGAUAUGUUGAUCUAUUUUUGAUCCAUUCUCCCAGCGCCGGUGCAGCCAAAAGGAAGCAAAUGUGGCUUGCCCUUGAGAGACUGCUGGAAGAAGGAAAGACGCGAAGCAUUGGUGUCAGCAAUUAUGGCGUGAAACAUAUCGAAGAAAUGAAAGCAUAUGCGAAAACAUGGCCACCCCAUGUCAAUCAAAUAGAACUCCAUCCAUGGUGCCAGCAGAAAAAGGCUGAUGCUUAUUGCAAACAACACGGUAUCGUUGUCCAAGCGUACUCGCCCAUCGUCCGAAACUAUAAAGCGAAUGAACCGACCUUGGUAGGAUUAGCCCAGAAAUAUGGCAAGACAACUGCCCAGAUUCUCCUGAGGUAUGCGUUACAGAAAGACUGGGUUCCUCUCCCCAAGAGCGACACCCCAGAGAAUAUCAAGGCCAACGCCGAUUUGUAUGAUUUCGCGCUCGCCGAGGAGGACAUGGCAACUCUUAAUGCUUUGGACGAGGGCGCCGAUGGAGCUAUCGUGCAAGCUGUCGAAAAUGAAUAG